AUGGGAGUUGCAUUCGACCAUUUCCUCUCCAACCCGUCAUCUUCAUUCUUCUCCGAUGACUCCUCUAGGUGGCGAGCGGUUGUAACCCGUGAUGCCGUCGCCGAUGGCUGCUUUGUCUAUGCCGUCAAAACGACCAAAAUCUACUGUCGCCCGAUUUGCAAAGCCCGUCUCGCGCGCCGCGCCAAUGUGGAAUUCUUCACCACGGGCACCGAGGCUCAAGCUGCUGGCUUCCGCGCUUGCAAGCGCUGCAAACCCGGUGAGGCUGGUUUCAUGCCCGACGACCUGGCGGUGCAGAAAAUACGCAACUUUUUGCGACAACAUGGAGACGGGGCAGGCAGUUGCAUCGAAGGUGACACCGCCUUGAGUCUCGGAGACAUGGCGCGGCGGGCGGGCCUGUCCAAGUGGCACUUCCACAAGGUGUUCAAGAAGUGCAUGGGCGUGACGCCAUCACAGUACCUGCAUGCCCAAAAGUUGACACGAGAGAGGAGUUGCCAAAUGGUCGAUGGAACCUCGCCGUCACAGCACCAGCUCUCCGAAUCUGACCUCGCCAGCCUCGAGGAUGCGAACUGGACGACGGAGCUGUCGAGCGAGAUCGUGUCCUCGGUUGCAGAGGGUGGAAGUGCCCGCUCCCCGCUUUCGUUGUCGCUCGACGACUUUCUGAUAUGGCCUGAAGAGACCGCUGAAGAGAGAGGCGACGAGACAGGCCGCCUACAGUACAGGUCGCAUGUGCGCCCAACCGAAGCCCGCAGCUCCGCCAAAAGACUCGACGUCGCGACGAUCGAAGCCUCUGAAUGGAUGUCGUCAUCCACCUGUGCUCCGCUCUGCGCCGUACCUGGUUUCUGCUUGACCCGUGGCCUGCCUUCUGAGCUGGACUUGCCCUCGCCAAAAAUCGUUGCAACCCAAAGCCUCGCAGACCCAACGGUAUUCCCUCCAUCGUCGCAUCGCCCAGACCCUGUGACAGGGAAGCCCGUCUCCAUCAUGGCCUAUGCCACGGAAUCCUCGCCUCUUCUCCCGGAGCCUCCGGUCGAGCUGCCUUUCCCGCAUGCCUUCGACUCGAAACACUGGGACUCGUCCCCAUCGUCCCUCGACUCCUCCUCCACCAACUCCUCGUCCAUGUCGUCAGCCGCACUUAGCGAUACCCUUCGCGACGUCAUCAUAGGCUUCUCCGAUGGCCUCACCGUCCCCUUCGCCCUCACCGCAGGCCUCUCCUCCCUCGGCAGCACGAAACUCGUCAUCAUAGGCGGCCUCGCCGAACUCUUCUCCGGCAUGAUCAGCAUGGGCCUCGGCGCCUAUCUCGCCGCCAUCACCGAGCGUGACCACUAUCGCUCCCAGCGCGACUCCCUCUUGCACCACAACAACGGCUGCCGUCCGCAGCUCCCCGUCGAGCACCAGCGCGCGGUCAUCUACGCCAUCCUCGACAAGUACUGUGUUUCCCGCCCCGCCGCCAAACCUCUUGUCGACGAGCUCUGUGCCAAUGAUGAGCAGUGGGUUCGCUUCAAGAUGGAUUUCGACCUCCACAUGGACGAACCGGAAGUGCACCGCGCCUGGGUCUCCGGCGUCACCAUGGGGCUCAGCUACUUCGUUGGCGGCCUCAUACCCAUGGUUCCCUACUUCAUCAUGACCAGCAUUCGCGAAGCCCUCCUCGUCUCCGUUGCCGUCACCGUCAUCAUACUACUGGGCUUCGGCUACGUGAAGAAUUACGUCGCUAUUCGGAAUCACAAAGCAGGUGUUUGGGGCGCCCUUCAGACGCUCGUCAUUGGCAUGCUGGCCGCAGGCACGAGCUAUUUCAUUGUAAAAUCACUGGACACUGGCGGCUCAUAG